ACACACACACACACACAGAGAGAGAGGACGAUGAGGAGACGCUGACAUUAUAAACACACACACUGACAGAGAGGACGAUGAGGAGACGCUCUCUGACCACUUCAGGACAGCUGAUCUACUGAAUACACCAGAUGAGAUGAGUUCAGCUCUCAUUCACGAUAAACUCUUCAUCAAGACCUUCUGGGAGCAGAAAAUCCACAAUCAUCAUCAUGUGACAGAAGCAGAGGAGGACAGGAUGAAGAAGAGCGCGCUCACCAAGCUGCGUGACGAGUGGCUCGUGAGAUUGGAGACUCGGACCAAACAUCUGAAGAAUUUUGGCGACAAUCGAGGCUCAAAUCCAGCGAGCGUCUGACAAACCCCUCAGUGUGAUCUGAACCGAUGAGAAGAGCUCAAUAAACACACGUGUGCCUCUGA